GGUCCUCAACAGUGGAACCUAAUAUGUGACUCAUUUGAUGACGGUAAAUGGAAGAAAAAGUCUGAACGAAAUACCCUAAACAGAAGCAAAUUGGAAACAAAUCACACAGCUGGGACUUGUUCAUUUGUCAAUGUCAUUUACAAAAAGGAACAAGAAACAAAAGUGAAGCCUAAUCCUGUUGAACUGUAUGAGGUUACCCAUACAAGAAAAAAGGAUAAACAGUUUGUGAACGACAAAUGCAAAAGUCUAUAUCUUCAAAUGCAAGAAUUAACAACCAGUGAGGCCUUAGAGGAAGGCAAUGUGGAGGGAACAAGUGUGGAUGACCGAAUGCAAGAAAUAGUCACACAAGUACUAGGGGGCCGACGAGCUGGGCACGUUAGAGGAAUGGGAUGCGGUCUUAUUCCUACCCCUUUAAGAACUUCAUCUCAAGCGUUCACCCACUUCGACAACCACGAUGAGUGUAGGAAAAGACAAGAAGAUACUCAAAGCGAGCUUCAACAGACUAGAAUUGAACUUCAUCAGUACAGAGAGAAUUUGCAAGCCAACGUUGAGGAAACGAACAAAUUAAAAGCCACUGUUGAGUUCUUAAUGUCACGUAUUGGAGGGUCUGGAGGGAGCUUGCUUGGAGGUGCAUCAAGUGAAGCCAACAAUUGAGGGAGCUUUGGAAUAACUUUAUUUAGGAUGUACUCUUUGAUAGCAUCUAUUUGUGAUAUAUUUUUUGAUACUAUGUAUUUGGAUAGUUGUUGGUACUUUCUAUUUGCUAAUGUGUAUUUGACUAUUUGUUGAU